CCUGUUGGGUCCUCAGCGUCUUGGCGGCAGUUGGUGGCCGGAGGUGCCUGCGCGUUUACCUGAGUCUCCGCGGAGCUCUUCCUUCCAGCCCUCCCCCUCGGAGAGCCACACCGACCACAGCCCCGCCCGCAUUCAGGCGUCCAGCGAAGUCGGCACGCCCCUCCGCGCCUGCCCGCGGAGCAGCAAGGACCCCGUCCGGGCCGCUGUCGCCUGGUCGCUAUGGCGCCCACCAUCCAGACCCAGGCCCAGCGGGAGGAUGGCCACAGGCCCAAUUCCCACCGGACUUUGCCUGAGAGGUCUGGAGUGGUCUGCCGAGUGAAGUACUGCAAUAGCCUCCCUGACAUCCCCUUCGACCCCAAGUUCAUCACCUACCCCUUCGACCAGAACAGGUUUGUCCAGUACAAAGCUACUUCCUUGGAGAAACAGCACAAACAUGACCUGUUGACUGAGCCAGACCUGGGUGUCACCAUCGACCUCAUCAACCCUGACACCUACCGCAUCGACCCCAAUGUGCUCCUGGAUCCGGCUGAUGAGAAGCUUUUGGAAGAGGAAAUCCAGGCCCCCACCAGCUCCAAGAGGUCCCAGCAGCACGCCAAGGUAGUGCCGUGGAUGCGGAAGACAGAGUACAUCUCCACAGAGUUCAAUCGCUAUGGCAUUUCCAACGAGAAGCCUGAGGUCAAGAUUGGGGUUUCCGUGAAGCAGCAGUUCACAGAGGAGGAAAUCUAUAAAGACCGAGACAGCCAGAUCACAGCCAUUGAGAAGACUUUUGAGGACGCCCAGAAAUCUAUCUCCCAACAUUACAGCAAGCCCCGGGUGACACCCGUGGAGGUCAUGCCUGUCUUCCCAGACUUUAAGAUGUGGAUAAACCCCUGCGCUCAGGUCAUCUUUGACUCAGACCCGGCCCCCAAGGACACAAGUGGUGCAGCUGCGUUAGAGAUGAUGUCUCAGGCCAUGAUCAGGGGCAUGAUGGAUGAGGAGGGGAACCAGUUUGUGGCCUACUUCCUGCCCGUGGAAGAGACACUGAAGAAACGGAAGCGGGACCAGGAGGAGGAGAUGGACUACGCACCAGAUGAUGUGUAUGACUACAAGAUAGCUCGGGAGUACAACUGGAAUGUGAAGAACAAGGCCAGCAAGGGCUAUGAGGAGAACUACUUCUUCAUCUUCCGAGAGGGCGACGGGGUAUACUACAAUGAGCUGGAGACUAGGGUCCGCCUUAGUAAGCGCCGUGCCAAGGCUGGGGUCCAGUCAGGUACCAACGCCCUGCUUGUGGUCAAACACCGGGACAUGAACGAGAAGGAAUUAGAAGCCCAGGAGGCACGGAAGGCCCAGCUGGAAAACCACGAACCGGAGGAGGAAGAAGAGGAGGAGAUGGAAACCGAAGAGAAAGAAACUGGGGGCUCAGAUGAGGAGCAGGAGAAGGGCAGCAGCAGUGAGAAGGAGGGCAGCGAGGACGAGCGCUCUGGCAGCGAGAGUGAACGGGAAGAGGGUGACAGGGACGAGGCGAGUGACAAGAGUGGCAGUGGUGAGGAUGAAAGCAGUGAGGAUGAAGCCCGGGCUGCUCGGGACAAAGAAGAGAUCUUUGGCAGUGACGCCGAUUCAGAGGAUGAUGCUGACUCUGAUGAUGAGGACAGACAGGCCCAUGGUGGCAGUGACAAUGACUCGGACAGCGGCAGUGAUGGGGGUGGCCAGAGAAGCCGCAGCCAGAGCCGGAGCCGCAGCGCCAGCCCUUUCCCCAGUGGCAGCGAGCACUCUGCACAGGAGGAUGGCAGUGAAGCCGCAGCUUCUGAUUCUAGUGAUGCAGACAGCGACAGUGACUGAGCCCUAGGACCUCUGAAGGGGUCUGCAACACAUACAGUUUUUAGAGCAGGAAGGCACUUUUCAAGCCAUCUGUUGUGAGCCCUCCACUUUGCAGGUUCCCCACCCCACAACCUUUGCUGUUAAUAAAGCCAGCUUCUCUUGACUCCAGCAGAGGCCUUUGGUCUCAUUUCACCCCACCCCGCCCCUGCCCCCAGCUGAUGUUUAGGACGUCAGCUCAAGUCACAGAAGCAACGCCACCGGGUUUCCAACAAAAUGCAGUGUAACAAAGGUCGCAAUCUUUUUUUUUUUUUUUUCUCCAAAAUAAGCCCAGACCAUUAAACAAUUGAAACUCCAACAAA